GCCACAAAACUUCACAGAAACAAACAGUUCCUCUGUUUUCUCUCUUCCUCCUCCGACCUUCCUCCUCACAUGGCCCCAUCAUGUCCCCUUCCCUUUCUUCUCUCUCCUUCGCCGUCUUUCAUAUUCCCCUUUUUCUCUCUUCUUUCACACCCACUAACCCAUUUAUUCAUUUUCUUCAAUUCCCCUUAUGCCGCUCUCUUUCUAAUACCUCUUCUCUUCCACCUUCUAUGGCGGACUCCGACGACCCCGCCGCCGUUGCCGCUCAAGCUGUCCAUCGCCGCUACGAAGGCCUUCUGAUGGUUCGCACCAAAGCCCUCAAAGGCAAAGGCGCUUGGUACUGGUCUCACCUCGAACCUCUUCUCCUUAAAAAUUCCGAUACCGGCUUCCCUAAGGCUGUUAAGCUCCGAUGCUCCUUAUGCGACGCCGUUUUCUCCGCUUCUAACCCUUCUAGAACCGCCUCCGAGCAUCUCAAACGAGGCACUUGCCCUAAUUUCAACUCUCCUUCCAAAACCCCUCUUGUUUCUGUUUCCCCUGUUUCUCGUAAACGCAACACCGCUGAUAGUGAUGGUGGGGAUUCGUUUUACGACAUUUCGCCAUUGACGGUGGUGGAUCCUUCGGGGGUUUACGGCGGUUCGUUCUCGCCGUUUCAACCUCAUCAACCUCAUCAACAACAACCAUUGUUGGUGUUGUCCGGUGGGAAAGAGGAUUUGGGGGCUUUAGCUAUGUUGGAGAACAGUGUAAAAAAGCUUAGAACUCCAAGAACUUCACCUGGGGUAUCAUUAAACAAGGAUCAAAUUGAUUCUGCGCUUGAUUUUCUUACUGAUUGGGUGUUUGAAUCAUCUGGGUCAGUCUCCAUUUCGAGUUUAGAGCAUCCAAAAUUCAAGGCGUUUUUGAAUCAAGUUGGAUUGCCUUCGAUUUCAUCGAAGGAUUUGGCUACAGUUAGAUUGAAUUCUAAAUACGAAAUGGCUAAAGCUGAUGUUCAUUUGAAAAUUAGUGAAGCUAUGUUCUUCCAAAUCGCUUCUAGUGGGUGGAGACCUCAGAAUCAAGAAGAUACAACUAUGGUUCAUAUAGCUCUGAACCUCCCUAAUGGGACUAGUUUGUAUAGAAAAACUCUUAUUAUUGCUUCUUCUGUUCCUUGUAGAUUUGUUGAGGAAGUUCUUUGGGAUACAGUUUUAGAUGUUUGUGGUAGCAUUAAAGAGAAGUGUGUUGGGAUUGUAGCAGAUAAGUUCAAGAGCGAAGCAUUGAAGAGCUUGGAAAAUCAGCAUGAAUGGCUUGUUAAUCUUCCAUGUCAGUUUCAAGCUUUCAAUAAUUUACUUAAGGAUUUCAUUAGAAAUCUCCCAUUGUUCAAGACAGUAGCUGAAAACUGCAAAAGGGUAGCGCAUUUCUUCAAUUUUGAGUCUCAUAUCAGAACAAUCUUCCACAAGUAUCAGUUACGAGAAUGUGGUCAUACUUGUUUGAUAGCAUUGCCCACAGCUGAAAGUGAGGAAAUAGGAGCUACGACACUCUUUCAAAUGGUUGAUAACAUGCUCGAGUCAGCUCCGGCUAUGCAGUUAGCUUGGCUCGACGAAGCUUUCAAGAUCACGGUGAUUGAGGAUCCCAUUGCUAGAGAAGUUUCACACUUAGUUGGGAGUUCUGAGUUUUGGAAUGAAGUAGAAGCUGUGCAUUGUUUGAUCAAAUUGGUGAAGGAUAUGGCUCAAGAGAUUGAAAUAGAGAAGCCAUUAGUUGGCCAAUGCCUUCCACUGUGGGAAGAAUUGAGAGAGAAAGUGAAAGAUUGGUGCAAAAAGUUUCACAUCUCAGAAGAAUCAUUAGAAAAGAUAGUUUCAAAGAGGUUUAAGAAAAACUACCACCCGGCUUGGGCUGCAGCGUUUGUACUCGAUCCACUCUAUCUAAUACGAGACAACACCGGGAAGUAUCUCCCGCCUUUUAAACGGUUAACAACCGAGCAAGAGAAGGAUGUUGACCGCCUCAUAACUCGGCUUGUGGCUAAGGAAGAAGCUCACAUUGUACUAAUGGAGCUGAUGAAAUGGAGAACAGAAGGGCUUGAUCAAGUGUAUGCAAGAGCUGUUCAAAUGAAGGAGAAAGAUCCCAUUACAGGGAAAUUGAGAGCUGCUAAUCCACAAAGUAGUAGGCUGGUUUGGGAAACUUACUUAACUGAGUUCAAAUCAUUAAGAAAAGUUGCUGUUAGGCUCAUUUUUCUUCAUGCUACUUCAUGUGGGUUCAAAAGCAAUGGCAAAUUUGAAAGAAUGGUGUGUUCUUCAUAUCGCAGUUCAAAAGCUACAACUGAAAGUAUUAAGAAGUUGGUUUUCAUUUCAGCUCAUUCCAAGCUAGAGAAGAGAAAUUUAUGCAGCAAUAGUAACGAAAACCGUGAAAACGGCGACGAUAUCGAGUUGUUUGCAGCGGUAAAUAGUGAAGAUGAUCUGCCAAGUGAGGCUGAUGGGUCAUCUUCAUUGUAACAAUUUUUUUCUUUUUUCCUUUUUUUAACGUAGUUUCAUAACAUUUUUUCUUCAACAAAGUAUAGAACUGUAGUAAUGAAAGUAAAGUUUUCAUUUUUCUUAUAUAAUACUAUAAUAGAUGAUUUAUAGCUAUAGAAAAUCAAUUGGUGGGACACACCUUACCAAUAAAGUCCUCUAAUAAUUAUGAGAGGAAGUAGGAUCACUUUUUUUCUCUCUUUUUUCUUUUUCUCCA